AUGAAAUUGUCAGCUGGCAUUAUAAUCGUUUCGACUAUAGCGUCUACAGUGGCGGCUUAUCCUUCAGAUCUUAUCAGACGAGGUGGGUCGUCUGCCCUUUCUUUUCCUUGUGGAGAUGAUGUUCCAAACUGGGUUGCAAACAUUGAAAUAGGUACCCGCGAUCAAUUAUUUCCAUUACUUUUGGACACGAGUAGUAAAGAUACUUGGGUAGCCGGAAUUAUGUGUAAAUCUGAAUUUUGUUUGACCAGAAAAGGCCCUUUAUUUAACGCUGGAAAGUCAUCUACUAUUCAGAAUGAGCAUAAGAAGUUGACACUUGAAUACGAGCAAGGAACCGUAAUCGGUAACCUGUAUCAGGACAAUCUCAAAAUUGGAGGCACAGUUGUCAAGGACUAUCCUUUUGUAAAAGCCUUUGAAGUCAAUGGAUUCAAUAAUUCUGUCACCUAUGCUGGUAUUUUGGGCCUCGGUGGCUCAGAGAUCAACAAACCCAAGCUAAGCAAAAGGGGUCCAUCCUCCAGUAUUGGAGAACCCAGUACUUUUUACGGUGCCUCAGGAAUUACAUACCGAAGAAAGAGAAACAAUGUUGGAGGAAAGACAUGUCAGUUUGCUUUUGGUAUCGAUAAAUCUCGUAUUGAAGGUGACAUUGCUUGGCUUGAUCUGCCUACUUGUGAUUACGGAUCUACACCUUUUUGGAAGACUAGGCUGACAUGUGCCAAAAUCGAAGGUGUUGCUGAUUUGAAAUUCAAGAAAACUGUGGCUUCCUUUGAUACCAGUGUCAAGAAUAUUCAAGUUCCUCAUAAGGAUCUAGCUAUCAUCCACAAAGGAUUGAAGGCAGAAUACAAUGACCAAUCAAAGCAAUACGAAUUCAAGUGCUGUUACGCAAAAGACUUGACAUUUUCAUUCGAGAAAUACGAUGUUACUCUUCCUACAGAAGCCUGGACCAAGAAAGUAAACGACAAAAUCUGUACCGACAUCUUUCAAGUACUCAAACCUACAAAAAACGACCAUGAGAACACCUGGAAGCUGGGCACAAAGUUCAUUACCAACUUUGUCUCUAUCUUUGAUGAGCACAGACGUCAGACCGGAUUAGCAUUAUUAGCUGGUGGAAACAAUAACGGCUUGAAAAUCAGUGCGAAAUAA